AUGGCUACCCCCAGUGUCCUUACUUUUGAUGCUGAGGGCCGUGCCGUUGACUUUGAGGUCUGGGUCGAUGACCUCCAGCUGUUUCUCCAGUGCGAUAGGGCAGACGGACUCUCUCUAUUCGAUCUCACCUCUGGUGCCUCUCCUUCCCUGCAUGCUACUGCUAACAGUACUGUUUGCUCACAGUGGGCCACACGCAAUGCUGCUGCUCACCUUGGUGUGCGUCGCCACUUACCGACCACUGAGCGUGCACACUUUAGCCAGUACAUGACUGCUCAGACCUUGUACGAUGUUGUAGUUGCACGCUACUCUUCCCCUGCCACUGCUGCACUGAGCCGCCUCAUGCUACCGUACCUCUUCCCUGACCUUGCUGCCUUUCCCACAGUCGAUGACCUCAUUACGCACCUCCGCACUAGUGACACUCGCUGCCGCGCUGCGGUUCCUGCUAAGGACCACUUCCUCUCAGUUUGCCCCACCACUCUCACCGUUGACCUCCUCGAGAAGGCCCUCCUAGCAGCAGAGAAGAGCAUAGUUGCUAUAGGAGCCUCUCGUGGUGACCCUCGCACCCCCGUCUUUGAGGGGUGUUCCCCCUCCCCCCUCUUGCCCUCUCUUGCCUCUACUGCUGCGGCCGACCUCGUUGGUUUCGAGUCAGUCGGCGCUGCGUCUGCCCCAAGCGGGAGACGCCGCACCGGCAAGGGCAAGGGGGGCAAGGGCGCUGGAGGGGUUGGCGGGGGCGGUGGAGGUGGUGGUGGAGGUAGUGGAGGGGGUGGGGGUGGUGAAGGGAGUGGUGGCGGGGGUGGCGGAGGCAGCGGCAGCAGUGGAGGCGGAGGAGGCGGCGGUGGUGGCGGAGGGAGCGGAGGCGGCGAAGGUGGCGGAGGAGGCGGAGGUGGAGGAGGCGGCGGAGGCGGCGGCGGCGGCGGUGGUGGAGCAGGUUGCGAGUCUGCGCAGAGGAGUGGCUCAGGUGGUGGUCCGCGCCAGCAACAGCGGAGUGGUGUGACCCUAUCCCCUCAGCAGCUUCGUGAGUGGUACACUGCGCGUCAGCGUGGUGGGGGUACUGGUCCCUGUACUUACGUCCUCCGUACCGGCGACCGAGCUGGUAAGCAGUGCGCGGGCCCGCACUCCACCCAGCGCUGCUUCGGUCGCCUGACGAACGCGUGGUGUCGCCAAUUCCUUGAGGCGUCAGAGAUCCCUCGCUGGGGAGAUCUGUCUAGGGCGGAGGCUGCCAUCUUUGAUCUUGACUAUGAUGCUAUCCUUGCUGCCAUGUAUUCUGUGACUACUAGUGUUGAGGGUGACUGUUUCCUGUGUGUACCGCCUGACCCGAGCAUUGAGGCUGCUGCUCUAGGUGCUAGUGCGUCUGCUGCUCUAGGUGCUGAUGAGUCUGCUCUCUUAGGUACUACGUCGGCUCAGGCCUUACACACCUUCACCCUUGACUCGGGUGCGUCCCGCUCCUUCUUUCGAGACCGCACCACUCUUACGCCGCUUAGUCGGCCGGUUGCAGUCUCCCUGGCGGACCCCUCUGAGGGUCCUGUCCUUGCUAGCUUCUCCACUAUCUUACCGUGCCUAGCAGCCCCCUCUCGCACCCUGUCUGGUCUCUACCUCCCCUCGUUCUCUACGAACUCGGUGACUGGAGCGGACCUACAGUAUAGGGGGGUUGACCAGUUCACUCCUGCGAGUCAGCGAGUGACCCACUGCACGUGUGCUCGGACAGGCAGACACUUGGCCACGUUCACCCGUCGGCCAGGGUCGAGCCUGUACACCCUUACUACUGAGUCUCCUCCGGCUGCUGAGUCUGACCAGGUAGCUGCGUCAAGUCAGGUGCUUGCAAUAGCGUCCAGGUCUGGUCCUGAGUCUUCUCUCUGCUCGUGUCGUCUACAUAGAACGAAGCACAUUGCUCUUCGCUACUUCGUUGCUCAUGAGCUGCAGUAG